AAGUAACUCUAAAAUGGUCAAAUUGAAAAUAUUUCACGACUGCUGAAGCUCUUCGCUUGAGCCACCAUAUACCAGAAGCAUUACAAGACGAAGGCAGCUGUUCUGGUUCUUCCGACUCCUCUAGUGUUCAGCUUCAGCCCCUUCACCUCAAAUGGCGAUUCGAGAGCCCUCAUCACUGCUUCUCUUUCUAUUAACACUUUCAGCACUUUCUCUCUCAUCCGAAUCUCGCAGUGAUACCAAUCACGUCUACCCCCCCUGCGCCGAUGCGAAGGUGCAGAGAUCCGACGGGUUCAGCUUUGGCAUCGCAUUUGCUCCAAGAAAUUCAUUCUUCAUCAACAGCAGCAGCUCAGUCCAAUUAUCUCCUUGCGAUCGUAGGCUCUCUCUUUCAUCAGCCAACUCUCAGCUCGCUCUCUUCCGCCCUAAAGUUGAUGAAAUCUCCCUCCUCACCAUCAACACUUCCAAUUUCUUCCCGGAUUCUUAUGGAGGAUACAUGGUAGCGUUUGCUGGUCGGAAGUAUGCUGCAAGGUCUUUGCCAGCUUUUGUUGCUAAUAGCACAUUCACCAUAACAAGUUUUACCCUGGUACUCGAAUUCAAAAAGGGUAGGCUGGAGAACUUAUACUGGAAAAGAGAUGGCUGUGCAUCAUGCUCAGGCAACUCCAACUUUGUGUGCCUCAACAAUCAGGAUUGUGCCAUCAGGACUAAUAACUGUAAGAAUAGAGGUGGUAGUGUUGACUGUAGCCUUGGGAUACAACUUACCUUUUCCGGCACAGAUAAGCAUGAAAUGGUCUUCAAUUCAUGGUAUGAGGUGAAGAAUCUCCGUCAAUACUCCCUCUACGGCCUUUAUUCCAAUCUGAGAAAUUCUCUCACAAGUCAAUACAACAAAUUUUUCUGAUUGUAGUUGAUGCUUGUUUAUAAAGUACAUAUUUUUACUUCUUGAGAAUGCCUUUUUCUUUCUGACUUGAUCAUUCGCGGUGUUUUCUGUAUCUUGAUGGCUUUGUAAUUUUUAUUUACCUGAAUCCAUCUGGACAUCUUUUGUCAACAGAAUUUCUCUUCCCUAUUUUGCUAAUUUUGGCGGUGGUGGAGCGUAAUUGAGAUUUUACCUUCAAAUACA